AGUUGGCUGACAAAUACAGACGUCUUUUUUGCUCAUUCGGACGAGAGAGAAAAAAAUAAUUAAGUCUUGUGCCAACUUUUGGCUCGAAAUCUUCACCGCCUCGUCCGUAGUUGCAUUCGCCUCUUCAUUUGUAGCACGAAUCAGCCCACCCGCGGAUCCUUUUGCAGCCUUCACCCAUGACUCGGCUAACGCGUGAAGCUCCGGCCCGGGCCAACAUCGAGCUGGGCGACGUGACGCACCACAACCUGAAGCAGCUGAAGAAGAUCAACACGGUCGUGCUGCCGGUGUCGUACAAUGACAAAUUCUACCUGGACGUGCUGGAAUCGGGCGAACUGGCCAAGCUUGCCUACUACAACGAUGUCGUCGUCGGUGCCGUCUGCUCCCGGAUCGACACGUCGGAAAACAUGCGCCGGCUGUACAUCAUGACGCUCGGCUGCCUGUACCCGUACCGGCGGCUGGGCAUCGGCACGGUGAUGGUGCAGCACAUCCUGAACUGCGUCGAGCGGGACGGCAACUUCGACAGCAUAUUCCUGCACGUGAAGGUCGACAACAAGGGUGCGAUCGAGUUUUACAAACGGUUCGGGUUCGAGAUCGUGGAAACGAAGCAGCACUACUACAAACGGAUCGAGCCGGCGGAUGCGCACGUACUGCAGAAGACGCUCACGAAAAAGGCUGCGGUGGCGGCGGCCGCCGCAAUGAGCUGCCCCCAUCAGCACAGUUCGGAAGCGGAUCGAGAACACCAGGCGGGGGUUGCGAAUGGGGACAGCCAUGAGGCGGCGGGUGAGGCACCGCAACCGGCGGCAGCCGCUGGCAAUGCGAACAAUCAUUCGAGCAUCCAAAACUCGACCACGCAACAAACACCGCAGGCUGCCGAAAAGAACCGAUAAACCGGGUCGGGUUUGAAGAUGUAACCCGCCUACCACCAUCGAGCAACCCGGGUGCAGCAACCAGUGACCGCAGUGGGCAGGCAGUGGGCGUUGAGCGCAACCAUUGGCAACGGCGAACCAUUGCAUUCUUCUUGCGCGCGCGUUUUCACUAGUUGGCGAUGGGAGUUCGUUCGUUCUAUAUUUGUUAAAUUGUGUACACAUGUGAGCUACAUGUUCUUUACUUCACACCGGCCCCAUCCCACGUGCGAGACCACACACACACACACACACACACACGACUGUGAAUCAGCUUUCCCCCCCUCCCUGGCCCCAUCCCCAAUGCGCCCGCUUUCGAAAAAACGUGUUAAAUAAUAAUCCUGUGUGGUUCAGUGUACUUGGGGGUUGCUACUACACACCCUCAUGCUGCUUCUUCGUGUUAAAGGGGAAAAGGGAGGAAAAGCUGCGUCCCGUUGGUCGAAAAAUCUGUGUUCUGUUUUGUGUUUCUGUUGUAGCAGUACUCAUCAAUAGUUAAGCGAAGUAAUAAUGUACCGAAUGCGCGCCCAAAUCACCUACACACACACACACAUGCAGUGAACGAAACAUCUAAAAGAAUAACUUAGGACGAAUAAAGUUAAUCACUACAUAACGUAACGGGAAUGACUAUCGGUUUCCUUUUGCUCACUUAAUGGAACAGCCCUUUACCAUUGCCAACGAAGAAGAACCUGUUGUACCCUGUACAACAAUGGAUCGAUACGGUCAAUCGCAAAACCCAAAAUAGCUCGGUUUGAUUUGCCAUUUGCGCAAUCGAUUUUAUUCUUAGCCGGUUCCGCGAUUAAACAGGAAACUCUCUUAUUGAUCAGCUCUGUUACUAUUGUUCAAUUAAAACAACCAUCACAAAACAUUUUUGUCAGUUGAGAAAAUACAUUAAAUAUAUAUUUCGCACAAAAUUUAGGUACGGUUCUGGUCUGAUUUCCCAUUACAACAAUCUUCGCACUUUAGAUUGGUUUUCACCAGGACAAUUGAGACGGAUUGGCGAGAUUAUUUUAGUUUUAAUCAUCCUCGAAUCGGUUUGUUUAAAAAGGGGGGAAACUAUUGUUUAAAUAUAUCAUUAUACUGAGAGAAAAAAAAUUAAAGACUUUACCUAGAUAGCAG